AUGUUAACCUAACUCUCAAUAACAAUCAAUACUCUAAUUUUCUUUAUAGUAUAAUCUACUUUAAAAUAAUUAUCAUGGAUUAAACAUAAUUUAAAGUUUUUCGAUUAUUAAUCAAAUAGUUUAACUGAAUGUAGAGAUGGUUAUAAAUUUUCGCCCAACACAAGAUAAUGUGUUGAAAUGUGUAAUUGUAAAGAUUUAGUUAGUUUAUAAAAUAAUGAUUGUAAUAAUUGUAUAUAAAACUGCUCAUCAGAAUGUUUAGUAUGUAUUUUAGAUAAAUGCUAUGCUUGUCUUGAAGGAUGGCAGUUGAUUGAACAUAAAUGCUAGCAGAUUUGUGGAGAUAAUUAAGUAGCAUUAACCUCAAAUGAAUAAUGUGACGAUGGUAAUUAUUUUAUUGAGGAUGGGUGCAAUGAAUGUUUAUUUUAAUGUGGACCUUAUUGCUAAUUUUGCAAUAAGGAAUUAAAUUGUCUCAUAUGUGAAUCAAAUUUCAAGCUGGUACAUCAUUUAUGCGCACCAAUAUGUGGAGAUAAAAUAGUUAUAAGUGGAUUAGAGGAAUGUGAUGAUGGAAAUGAUAUUAAAUAUGAUGGCUGUUUUGAAUGUUAAUUUUAAUGUAAUUUUGGCUGUAAAAUUUGUGAAUCUGGCAAAUGUUAAGAUGUGUGUAAAGUUGAUGAAGAAUUUAUAAAUGGUAAAUGUAUUCCAAUAGUUCUAAUUAAAAGUGAAGAAAUUGAUCCAAAUCAAUCUGAAUGCAAGAAUCAUUGCUUAGUUUGCGAUGGGGCUAAUUGCCUCCGAUGUAAACAAGAUUAUAUUUUGGAAAAUAACAAGUGUUUCUCAUGUGGAAAUGGGAUUAUAACUAAAGAUGAAGAAUGUGAAGAUGGAAACAGGAUCAAUUCUGAUGGAUGUUCAAAUUAAUGUAAAAUUGAAGAGGAUUGGAAUUGCAUCGACUCCUUAUCAUUUUUAAGUUAAUGUUUCCCUAUUGCUAAAAUUUCGAUUGUAUUUUUGAAUUCAACUUUUAACACACAAUAUGUGAAAUUAUCAUAUAAUAAUAAAGUUAAAUUGAAUUAAUAAGAUGUCAACUUUUUAGAUUUUAAUUUUAAUUCAAUUAACAUAGAUCCUACUUAUUAUAACAUAAGUAUUUUUCCUGUAAUCGAAAUAGUCUCAAAUGUGACUCGAAAUAUCAAUUAUGAAUUAAAAAUUCAAAUUAACUAACAACUCUCAUAAAAUCCAAUUUUGGAAGUUAAGGUCGAUCUUAUUUUAUUGGAUGAAAACGAUUUACUAGUACCACCAUCAUCAUAAUAAAUUGUAUUAAUCGCCCCUUUAGUUUUAAAUCAAGCAUAAAUAGAAGCUUCUCAGAAUUUCUAAAAAUUUGGUUACAAUAUUAUGCUUGCAUUAGGGAGUUUCGCUAUUUUUGCAUUCCUUCUUGGUUCUCCCUAAUAAUUUUUAGAAAUCUUAGAUAUAUUAUAAUUUUAUUCAUACUUGAAGUUUAUAAAUGUAGAAUAUCCAGAAAAUCUUUAUAUUUAUUUUUAAUCUUCUGAAUUGAUAUCAGUGGAUCCAAUUUUAUAAUUUUUGGGAAUUAAAGAUAAUUUUGAAGAUUAGUUAGGGAUUAAUAUAAUUGAAGGUUUUGGGAAGUUUGAUCAGUACAAAACUAAUGCUGAUUUAAUAACUAAUAUUUAUAGUUAAUUUAUGUAGGUCAUUGUAUUCUUUUCAUUAUUGGUGAUUCUGAAAAUGUAUCUAAAGUUUUGCUUAAAAUUUUGUUUUACUUCAUAUUUCAUGUAUUUUAUCAGAAAAAGGAAGUCAAAAGCAGUUGAGUGGCUUGCAAUAAAACUAUAUUAAUUUAAUUACUACAUAAAGAAUUAUUAAAAUUUUGACACUGUAAAUUUAAUAAUAGAUUGUUAUUAUGCUAAUGCUUGGGAUUUAAAUUUCAAGGUUUUAUUGUAUUUAACCUUUAAUAAAUAAUCAGGAAUUAGAACUUUGGUCUCUUAUUUAGUUUGUCUGAUAUAUUUUAUAAUAGGAAUAUGUAUUGUAUUGAGAAAUUUUGGAAUACCCAAUAAUAACUUAGAUUUCAAAAAACUAAGAAAUUAACAGCAUUAGUCAAUUAUUUUAUUAAAAAAGUUUAUCUUUGUGUUAAUUUUAAUUAGAAUGCAAGAAAGCUAUAUAGCAUAAUGCAUAAUGCUCUCUUUUUCUACUUGUGCAUAUAUAGUGUUUUUAUUAAUUCUUAAAAUUGCAAAUACUGGCUUAGACUUGAUGAAUAUCUUAUGCGUAGAGGUUCCGGUAAUAUUAUUUACAUUAAUUAAUUUAUCUUUUUGUAAAGAUUUUAAUAAUCAUUUUACUCCUGAUUAAAUAAUUAGAAUGGGUUUUUUAUAAAUAGGUUGUUUAAUGUUGGGAUUAUUAGGUCCUUUAUUUAAUUGUGUUUAUCAAUUUUAUUGUAAACUUAAAUCGAUCUAUAAAUUAAUCAAACCAAAAAAAUCUUAAUUUAAAGGAGCAAUUAGGAAUAUUAUGUUUGAAGUAACGCGUUGA